AACAUGUGCCACAGAUCGCUGGGCUGCCAGUGAGCUGAACGCGGCGCCAGCCUCGGGAGCCCGGCCGCUGAGCGAUGCGGCGGGUGAGCCCCGCAGCCCAGCCCGCCCCCUGCGGGGCUCGCUAGUGCCGGCUGGGCAGAGCCCGCCGUGACCCUCUCUCUUGUUCGCGGAGACUGCGCUCAUCACACGCGCUCACUGCGGGAGCCGGCGAGCGGCGGCGUACGAACGCGGGGGGCUGCAGGGUCAUAGGAAGUGGAAGAGCCCUGAGCCCAUCUGGGAUCUGCACCUCAGUUGUACGCCUCAGUGAGACGCUCUGGAGAUGGCCGAGAAACUGGCCCCUGGGGACUUGUUUUUCAGGAAGGCCAGGGAGUCGGUGUCUUCCCUGGACUCGGACAAGCUGGCCCCAGCCUCCCCUGAAGGAGCUGGCGAGGAGUCCUCUGACAGUGAGGGCGAGCAGGAGGGCAGCUCUCACAAGCUCAUCAGGAAGGUGUCUACAUCGGGGCAGAUGAGAAGCAAGAAGAGUGUGAAGGAGGGGCUGUUACUGAAGCAGACGAGCUCCUUCCAGAGGUGGAAGAGGCGAUACUUUAAGCUGCGGGGCCGGACGCUGUAUUACGCCAAGGACUCCAAGUCACUGAUCUUCGAUGAGGUGGACCUGUCCGACGCCAGCGUGGCAGAGACCAGCACCAAGAACAUUAACAACAGCUUCACGGUGAUCACACCGUUCCGAAAACUGAUCCUGUGUGCUGAGAACCGGAAGGAGAUGGAAGACUGGAUUGGUGCCUUGAAAUCCGUCCAGAAGUGGGAAAUCAAUGAGGCCACGCAGUUCAACAUGGAGCAUUUCUCUGGAAUGCAUAACUGGUACGCCUGCUCCCAUGCCCGACCCACCUUCUGCAACGUGUGCCGUGAGGCCCUGUCAGGGGUCACCUCCCAUGGCCUUUCCUGCGAAGUUUGCAAGUUCAAAGCCCACAAGCGCUGUGCUGUGAGAGCCACCAACAACUGCAAGUGGACCACGCUGGCCUCCAUAGGAAAUGACAUCCUCGAGGAUGAAGAUGGGGUAGCCAUGCCCCAUCAAUGGCUGGAGGGAAAUCUGCCCGUGAGCGCUCGGUGUGCCGUGUGCGACAGGACCUGUGGCAGUGUCCGGCGGCUGCAGGACUGGAGGUGCCUCUGGUGCAAGGCCAUUCUUCACAGCGCCUGCAAAGAGCUCUUUGGGAAGAAGUGCCCCCUAGGACAGUACAAGGUCUCCAUAAUCCCGCCAACUGCCCUGAACAGCAUAGACUCUGAUGGCUUCUGGAAGGCCACCUGCCCCUCGUCCUGCUCCAGCCCUCUGCUGGCCUUCGUCAACUCCAAGAGUGGUGACAAUCAGGGUGUGAAGUUCCUGCGCAAGUUCAAGCAAUUCCUCAACCCGGCGCAAGUCUUCGACCUGAUGAACGGGGGUCCUCACCUGGGCCUGCGGCUCUUCCAGAAGUUCUCCACCUUCCGGAUCCUGGUCUGUGGGGGAGAUGGCAGCGUGGGCUGGGUCCUCUCCGAAAUUGAUGCGCUGGGAUUGCACAAGCAAUGCCAGCUUGGUGUCCUACCGCUGGGGACAGGCAAUGACCUGGCCCGGGUGCUGGGCUGGGGCAGUCUCUGUGAUGACGAUACCCAGCUGCUGCAGGUCCUGGAGAAGCUGGAGCGGGCCAGCACCAAGAUGCUGGACAGAUGGAGCGUCCUGACUUACGAGGCGCCCAAGCAGUCGCCCCCUGCCAUCAAAGAGGAGGAGAAUGGGGAUUCCUGCAUCCAGGCCCAGAUCUCUCACUACGCCGACUCCGUGGCCUUCCACCUGGCCAAGAUCCUGGAAUCUGACAAGCACUCGGUUGUGAUUUCUUCUGCAAAGUUCCUAUGCGGAACGGUGAACAACUUUGUGGCCGAGGUUGGCAAGGCCUAUGAGAAGGCCAUCGAGAACAAGCAGGAGGCUGACACCAUGGCUAGGAAGUGUGCAAUGCUGAACGAGAAGCUGGACUCCCUGGUGCGGGAGCUGAACGAUGAAUCACAGGCGAUCGUUGUCCCCGAGGGGAGUGCACAGACUGCCCCACUCGGCCUCGAGGCCAAGGAAAGUAGUAGGGGGGGCAGCUUCAACCCAAACCCUGUGCCCAGGAUCUUCAAGUCCAAGGAGCAGCUAAUGCUGAGAGCCAACAGCCUCAAGAAGGCCCUGCGGCAGAUCAUCGAGCAGGCAGAGAAAGCUGUGGAUGAGCAGAACAAGCAGACUCAAGCCUAUCGGAGCAUCACGGCUUCCAGCAAGAAGGACAGCUUGGAAGAGUUCAGCAAAGAGACUGAAAUCCUUUGUUCCCGGCGGGGUACGGUGAUCUCCACGACGUCGUCUAUCUUCCUGGAUAGACCUGACAGCUUCAGCACUGUCCAUUUCACCGAGGAUCCCAACACCAUACAAUUCUCCGAAAGAUGCGUCAUGAAUAACUACUUCGGCAUAGGCCUGGAUGCCAAAAUCUCUCUGGAGUUCAACAACAAACGGGACGAGCACCCCAAAAAGUGCAGCAGUCGCACCAAGAACAUGAUGUGGUACGGAGUGCUGGGGACUAAGGAACUUCUGCAAAGGACCUACAAGAACCUGGAGCAACGAGUCCAGCUGGAGUGUGAUGGGGUGACCAUCUCCUUGCCCAGUUUGCAGGGGAUUGCCGUGCUCAACAUCCCCAGCUAUGCUGGUGGCAUCAACUUCUGGGGUGGCACAAAGGAGGAUAACAACUUUGGGGCGCCCUCCUUCGAUGAUAAGAAGCUGGAGGUGGUUGCUGUCUUUGGCAGUAUCCAGAUGGCCAUGUCGCGAGUCAUCAACCUGCAGCAUCACCGCAUCGCCCAGUGUCGGAUGGUGAAGAUCACGAUCCGGGGAGAUGAGGGCGUCCCAGUGCAGGUAGAUGGAGAAGCCUGGAUCCAGCCUCCAGGGAUCAUCAAAAUCCAACACAAGAACCGAGCCCAGAUGCUCACGAGAGACAGGGCCUUUGAAAGCACCCUGAAGUCAUGGGAGGACAAGCAGAAGGGCGAGGGCUACCGAGCCCCGGCGCGGCCCCGCCUCAACUCCCAGCAGUCCAUGGAGUACCUGACCGACGAGGAGUAUGGCCAGAUGCAGCAGAUGGCUCAAGCUGCGGAAACCCUCAUCACCAAGAUCCGCGAGGCAGCCACAACCCACAAAGCCAUGGAACAGGAGCUGGCCCACGCCGUGAACGCCUGUUCCCUGGCCCUGAACGAGGCCCUUCCCAACAAGAGCAGCAGCGGGCCCGAGUUUCUGAGCAGAAAUGCAGCCGUGGAUGUGUCAGUUAGCGUGAAAGCCCUUUACACUGAAACCAGAGCUUUUCUGGAAGGAAAAUUGCAGCUGGACUCCCCACAGCAAGAGGAGGGGCUGCAGAGAGCCCUGAACACCGUCAGCCAGGAGCUCCAGAGGCUGCCCGACAUCCACUGGCUGGCGCCCAUCAUCAACUCUGCCGAGGAGGAGAGCUCCGAGAGCAGCAGCAAGGGCAGCCUGAAGCUACGGAUCAACAUUCCCAAACCCAAGAAGGACAAGGAUAAGUUUCAAAAGCUGAAAUCCAACAGCAUGGUCCCAGUGGAGAAAUGGGGCGCUGAGGAGGUGGCGGCCUGGCUGGACACGCUUGGCUUAGGGGAAUACAAAGACUUUUUUUUCCGCCAUGACAUCCAGGGCUCAGAGCUGAUCCUGCUGGAGAGAAGAGACUUGAAGGAUCUGGGGAUAACAAAGGUGGGCCAUAUGAAGAGGAUUCUCCAGGGAAUUAAAGACAUCAGCAGCCAUCCCUAGCAAAGCAUAUAAAGGAAAAAGAACGUGGCCAGUGUCGGUGACGGGGAAUCUUAACUCUGGAUGGACCCUCCAGAACCUGAAAUCUAGUACAGGCACUCUAGAACGCUAGCAACUUCACAGUCAUUCUAGAACUCUAAACACCUAGGCAUCUGUUCUUGAGCGUGUUUGUUCGUGAUGCAGAUGCAUCCCAUCAGCAAACGACCCAGAAUGGAAUGCUGUGGAAUCCUUUCACUAGAACAUUUCUCAUCACCGCUCUCAAGCGUGCCCCUGAAGAGUUUACAGUUCCAUGUUAGCCAAAGAUUGUUGGUCUGUGUGUCUUUGCCCUCGAUUGCCCUUGUGGUUUUUGGUUUCUGUGCUUGAUGGUUUCAGUUCAGCAGUUAAUUUCCAUAUGUACCUGUGAGCUAGAAGAAAGGACCAAGCUGUAUGUGUGCUGCUGGAGUUGUCAGGUUUCCAUAGCAGCUGAGUCACAUUUAGUUGACUACUUCCAGGCUUCAAUGUGAAGAAGACCUGAGUUACAUGAGAGCAGGCAGCCAGCAGCAAGUGGUGAGAUGGGAGCAAACUCUAGAAAUGGCCAGAUCUGCGAGACUACAGCGCCACCUGUGACCCAUCCAAGGCAGAAAACUCGACACAGUCAAAGACUACACAUCCUCCUGUCCCACCUUCAGGGAGGGACAGUGCCUCUUUGACAGGGCUAUGGGGGAACAGGCACUAGGGCAUGCCUUGCCAGCACCAUGGCUUUUCUAAUCUUCAUUUCAAAGCUGUGAUAUGUUUGGGCUCAUGGCAGUGUAUCUCGUCCCAGAAGAGUAUAGUGCAUGCUGGGCCACCUUUCCCGCCUGGGUCUCGUCCAAAGGCUGCUCAGAGCAGCGAGUGUGUAUAUUGCUUUUGUUUGCCAGUUUCCUGCCUAUGGAAUAUAGCUGGUUCCUCCAGCAGCCUUGGGGCGUAUUGGGUUGUCUGCUGAGAUGACUGGACACCCUGUCCUGACCCACUGGCCCUCAUUCCUCUUGGCUUGCUUGUUUUGAGCCAGAGGUGAUAGAGCUCCCUUUAGCCUCAGGGCACUACUUGGGUAGCAUGUUGGUUCCCUCCUCUGAACACCAAAUCUCUUGGGUUCCAGAACCAGAAACCCAUCGUAGGCUGUGCUGAGCGUCCCUGACUCCCAUUGAUCCCAGGGGCACAUGAGCCUUGUGAGUCCCACCUGAGAUCAGGCCUCCCACUGUCCGUCCUACCCAAAGGUAGCUCACAUUCCCUGCCACCAUUCAGUGCCAUUCAGGAGGCUUCUGUGAAGUAAAAAUGGGGAAACUCGAGGCUCCUGCUAGACUGGAGCAGAGGAGGGGGCUCCUUCCGGAUAGGGGGGACCAGCUCAUGCAGGCUCAAGAACCUUCUGACAUUUCAACAUGGCAGCUUUGGAAGUUGUGAUAGUGAAAUAUACCACACAAAAAACAACAACCCAACCUCCCACCCCCGCUCCACUGUUGUUCAGCCACAAAAUGUAUUUAAAUUCUGUAAAUAGUUUCCAAGAAAAGAUAUUUAUUGCAGUGAGAUGUAAACCUGUAAUUUAUUCUGUCCUGAAUUGAACUGGACUGGUUAGUGCAGCAGGUACUCCAGCCUCUGACAAUGACCAGCCACCAACGCUCCUCCAGUAGCCGGAGGCCUCUGACCUCUUGCUCACGUUUUGAUGUUAAAUUGGAAAAACUGCCCUGCUCAAUGUAAUAAAGAGCCACCUCCCA